AUGCUUAGAGGAGUCAGAAAACAACAAAUUGAAGAAAAGAGAACUGCGAUUCCUAAUAGAACUUUUGAUCCAUAUCUAUCAGCCAAGACACCGCCAGGUAUCUGGACCGACAAAGAAAUAGACUGUGCUCUUGACCUAUGUCGUCGACUUCCUCCACAAAACAUAAACAAAAUUAUGAGUGACAUCAUCAAACUCAAACCAGAGAUCUGCGAAUCUCUCCUUGCUUUAGUCGACCGACCACUGCCAAUAAAACAGGACAGUAGUGGAAAGGACUUUCUCAUCUGCGAGUAUAACCGUGACGGGGACUCCUACCGUUCUCCUUGGACUAACACCUACACCGACAAUUUCGACGGAGUACUCCCGUCUGAUGAACUGAGAGAAUUGGAAAUUAAAUUCAACGAAGUUUUCCUGGCCUACACUGAUAUGUACUACGGAGGAGCUCUUUCUUCCGUUUACCUAUGGAACAUGGACUCCAAAAAUAUUGCCAGUUUCGGGGGAGCUGUCCUUAUCAAGAAAAUGGGAGAAAAUUCGAGCAAAGUGAAUUCCGCGUGGGAUUCCAUUCAUAUUUUUGAGGCAAAUGUAAUCACUUUCUACGUAUAA